UUUCUAGGUCUGGUGGAGAACCAGAGUGACUGGUGCCUGGGGAACCAUAGUAACCUGAGUGUUCUGUUUGUGUUCUGUGUUCCAGGUCAGCAGGUUCUUGGUCUGGUGGAGAACCAGAGUGACUGGUACCUGGGGAACCUGUGGAAGAAUCACCGGCCCUGGCCCGCCCUGGAGAGGGGCUUCAAUACAGGUGUGAUCUUGCUGCUGCUGGACCGACUGAGGAAGCUGCGGUGGGAACAGAUGUGGAGACUGACAGCAGAGAGAGAACUGAUGAGCAUGUUGUCUACAUCACUGGCUGACCAGGACAUCUUCAACGCCGUGAUCAAACAGAACCCCUUCCUGGUUCACCAGCUGCCCUGUUUCUGGAACGUCCAGCUGUCAGACCACACCCGCUCUGAGAAGUGCUACAAGGAUGUUUCAGACCUCAAGGUCAUCCAUUGGAACUCUCCUAAGAAGCUGAGAGUGAAGAACAAGCAUGUAGAAUUCUUCAGGAACCUGUACCUCACCUUCCUGGAGUACGACGGAAACCUCCUGAGACGAGAACUCUUCGGCUGCCCCAGCGAGACAGACCACAACAGCGAAAACCUCCAGAAGACUCUGUCAGAGCUGGAUGAAGAUGAUCUGUGUUAUGAGUUCCGUGGGGUAUUAACGGUCCACAGGACGAUGUAUUUCCUUCACUACGAGAAGACAGACGGACCACAUGACGUUACACUGGUGGCACAGCUCUCUAUGGACAGACUCCAGAUGUUAGAGGCUAUCUGUAAACACUGGGAAGGUCCUAUCAGCCUGGCCCUGUAUCUCUCUGACGCUGAGGCUCAACAGUUCCUGCGCUACACCCAGGGGUCAGAGGUCCUGAUGUCCAGGGGGAACGUGGGCUACCACAUCGUCUACAAGGAGGGUCAGUUCUAUCCGGUCAACCUGCUCAGGAACGUAGCUAUGCGGCAGGUCAACACGCCCUACAUGUUCCUGUCAGAUAUCGACUUCCUGCCCAUGUACGGCCUCUACGAGUACCUCAGGAAGUCAGUGGUACAGCUGGACAUGGCUAACAGCAAGAAGGCGUUGGUGGUGCCGGCCUUCGAGACGCUCCGUUACCGUCUGUCUUACCCCAAGUCCAAGGCCGAGCUGCUGUCCCAACUGGACAUGGGGACUCUAUUCACCUUCAGAUACCAUGUCUGGACGAAGGGUCAUGCUCCCACUAACUUUGCUAAGUGGAGGACUGCCACCACGCCGUACAGAGUCCAGUGGGAAGCGGACUUUGAACCCUACGUGAUGGUGCGACGGGACAGUCCAGAGUACGACAGACGCUUCGUUGGCUUUGGGUGGAAUAAAGUGGCUCAUAUUAUGGAGCUGGAUGCACAGGAGUAUGAGUUUGUGGUUCUGCCCAAUGCCUAUAUGAUCCACAUGCCUCACGCUCCCAGUUUCGACAUCACCAAAUUCCGGUCCAACAAGCAGUACCGCGUCUGCCUGAAGACCCUGAAAGAGGAGUUUCAACAGAACAUGUCUAGACGAUACGGCUUCGCUGCCCUCAAAUACAUGACUGCAGAGAACAACAGCUAGCCAACACCGAUGAGCCAGGACACUCUGACCCGUUAUUGACUACACUACCCAUAACCCUCUCCUCUAAGGCUGUCUAGGACUACACUUCUACGGAGGAGAGGGAAAGGGCGGUGGAUUCUAAGGACAGUCGAUGUAGGGGAGUGGACAGAGCGGUUACUAAAGACUCUUACUACGAACUCUGACCUUUGUGCCAACCGAUCAUGAGGUUUUAAAUUGUGAGCUCUGCUUCUUGUGACCUCUCACCUUUUAGUUUGGGGUUAUGACCUGGUUUGAGACAAACCGGCGUUAACCAACUGAAGGGUAACCGGGGGUAACCGUAAGGUCGUUGUGUCCCAAACAUUGUUUUUUUACCCCUUCCCGAGGACGGAUGGAGCAGUCUGUCCAGAAGUUGCAGACCUGGUUUCUAUCUGGUCUCUGGCUGGGAGAGGAAGCUGUUGCUGUGAAUGUCGAGUCAGUACAGGGCUGGUUUGGACUCAUACAACUCUCUGUUCUUCUCUAACAAUAGAACUGGGCAUCACUAUGGGAGGGAAGGAGGGAGGAAGGGAGGGAGGGGAGAGAGACUGACUGUAGCCCUGGACUUGGAAAGCAGACAAGACAUUUGUUCUCUGGGCCAUAUCUGGAAGACCAGCUGCUGUUUGUUGUGCUAAAUGUAAUAUGGUAUGUGUGUGUCUGUCUCCCUCCCUGCCUCCCUCCCUGCCUCUCUGUCUCCCUCCCUCCCUCCCUGCCUCUCUGUCUCCCUCCCUCCCUGCCUCUCUGUCUCCCUCCCUGCCUCUCUGUCUUCCUCCCUGCCUCACUCCCUCCCUCCCUCCCUGUCUCUCUCCCUGCCUCCCUCCCUGUCUCCCUCCCUGUCUCUCUCCCUCCCUCCCUGUCUCUCUCCCUCCCUGUCUCCCUCCCUGCCUCAACGCCUCCCUCCCUGCCUCCCUCAACGCCUCCCUCCCUGUCUCCCUCAGUUUCUCUCCCUGUCUCCCUCCCUGUCUCUCUCCCUCCCUGCCUCCCUCCCCGCCUCCCUCCCUGUCUCCCUCCCUGCCUCCCUCCCCGUCUCCCUCCCUGUCUCCCUCCCU